GCAGACGGGUUCAGAGUCAAGGGUCAAAACCGGGAGGACUAGCAAAAAACAGAGAAAAGGAAAAAACAGGAGCACGGUGUAACACGCUGGUUAACUUGACAAAAAAAGACGAACUGGCACAGGCAGACAGAAAUAAAUACCCAGGGGACAAUGGGGAAGAUGGGUGACACCUGGAGGGGGUGGAAACAAGCACAAGGACAGGUGAAACCGAUCAGGAUGUGACAAAUAUCAAUAAAAAAUAACAAGUAAUAUCAAUUAAAAUAUUUGUUCCACAAACCAAAACCUGAUGGAAAAAAAAUGAACGAAUAAGAAUUAUUAGAUAAUGCAAAACCAAUGACCCAAUGAUGCCUGUGAGUAAGUUGGAGUACGUGCCAGCAACCAGAAGGAGUAACAAUUGUUGAAAAUGUCUUGAAUUGUUUCAAAGGCUUUUGUGCCUUAACAGUAGCAUUAAACAGCAUCUUAGGAGGUGAAGCAUUAGUUUGAAGUCAAGUUUAGAGCUAGGAUGUAGGAAUAUGAUUGGAUGUUUAGUCAUUACUGAAGCAUGACACUUUAUAUUCAAGAAAAUAAAAACUGAGUGUGAAUUUAGUUGUUAGUAAGUAUUUUUUGGGGUUGUUUCUACACCAUUGGUUAAAGUUAUAGCUAAUACACUUCAUGAUUUUUUUUACCCACUUCAUAAAAUAAUAAUCAACGCAUUAUGUAAUAAAUAUUACAUUAUGCACAAAAGUGUUAUUAUGUUAUGCGUUCAGGAUAUUCAUCACAUUAUUGGCAAUUUAUUACAUUACAAAUGAAGAAGUUGCUACACUAUUAGUAGCUAUUAAAUUAUUGUAAGUUAUUACAUUAUUAGUUGCUACAUGCCCUCAGAGAUGUGGGGUCACAGCCAGGGUCUGCCGUUAUCAACAGCGACCCUGGAGCAGUUAGGGUUAAUGGCCUUGCUCAAGGGCACAUUGACAAUGUUGGGGAAGCUAUUCUGAACAUAUACACUAAAGUUACCCUUAAGAAAAAGAUAGUUUACUUAACUAAAGUACUUUGAAAAAGUAGUUCACCACAUUCAGACUACUUCAUGAAAAAUGAUUAUAUAAACUACAAAUUGCAAGAACAGAUGCACACACAGUUGUCACAUGCAUUAAAUCAAAGUUAGGCAGUGAUGCAGAAUUCAUACCCAGCAAAGGGUUAAGAAAGGGAGGAGGAUGUUGGAUGGAUUGAAGUCAAUAAAAAAUGAGAGGGGGAGAGAGACGGAGAGGGAGAGCACAACAUCUAUACGAUUAAUGCAUGCCAAAAAUAAGGACAGUUUCAACAGCUAGCGUACUGCCUCUCUCCAUCCCUACCCCUCUUACAAUAUCUGUAUUUUCUUCCUCCUCUGCUCUGAGCGUUCGGCUGAGUGGUUGCACUGCCGUUCAGUCUGCUGCUCUCAUCUCUGAAUGCACCGGGAAUGAUGGUGUAAAUGAGUGUAGGCCUAGGCUACUUGAGGACUCCGUAAGGACUGCCUGAGAGCGGGAGAGAGGUAAAGAGACAGCGAGAGAGGCAGUAAGAUACUCAGUGAGGACUGCCUGAGAGAGAUAGAGGGAAGAAGUGUGGGCGAGGCAAAUAAGAGAGGCAGGAUGAUGAGUGUAAACAACGGUGGGAUGAGGACCGGCCAAGACACAGCACCCAACGGCACAGCAAGAGCAUCCUGGGAAAGAACCAACACUAUGUCGAACCCAUCCACCCCCACCAAGCAUCUCAAAUCGCCUAAGCCUCAGAAUGCCAUCACCAUUGCGGUGUCAUCGCGAGUCCUCUUCAACAUGGAUAAGGAGCAGCAGAUCUACGAACAGAAAGGCAUGGAGGAGUACCUCAAGUACCAGAUAGAACACGAGACAGAGCCCUUCGGCCCUGGUCCUGCUUUUCCUUUCGUUAAGGCUCUGGAGGCAGUGAAUACUCGGCUGAGGGAGCUGUACCCAGAGAGUGAGGAGCUCUUUGACGUUGUGCUCAUGACCAACAACCACGCACACGUCGGCCUCCGACUCAUCAACACCAUCAACCACCACCGGUUGUUCAUUGAGCGUUUCUGUAUGACGGGUGGGAACAGUCCCAUUGGGUACUUGAAGGCUUACCACACUAACCUGUACCUGUCUGCUGACCCCAUGAAGGUCAGAGAGGCCUUGGAGGAAGGGAUUGCAGCAGCCACCAUGUUUAACCCACCAGAGAAGCGAACAGAAGUGUCAGAGACUCAGCUGCGGGUGGCCUUCGAUGGGGACGCAGUGCUCUUCUCUGAUGAGUCAGAGCGCAUCUAUAAGGCCCAUGGACUGGACAAGUUCUUUGAGCAUGAGAAGGCACAUGAGAACACGCUUCUUGACCAUGGGCCACUGAAGGGGUUCCUGGAGUCUCUGGGGAAGCUGCAGAAGAAGUUUUAUGCCAAGGGCCAGCGUAUGGACUGCCCCAUCCGCACCUACCUGGUGACGGCGCGCAGCGCAGCCAGCUCAGGCACCCGGGCCCUGAAGACACUUCGAUCCUGGGGACUCGACACCGACGAGGCCCUCUUCCUUGCUGGGGCCCCUAAGGGGCCUAUGCUGGAGAAGAUCCGGCCUCACAUAUUCUUCGACGAUCAGAUGUUCCAUGUGGAGGGGGCUGCGGAGCUGGGGACUGUGGCGGCUCAUGUGCCCUAUGGUGUGGCUCAGAAACGGCCCCAGAAGAAGCUUGCUGAGGAGAACGCUAAAGACUCUAGCGCUGCCGCCAAGUAGUCUGUACCUCACCCUCUUCCCUAUCCCUGUGACAGCAAGGGACAAUAAAACAACAUUGUGAAUUUGAAGGAGACAGUGGUUCUGUAAGUCCUUUUCAGUCCCCUCUUAGUUGUCUGGGUAGUGAAGCCCAUAGUACAUGACAAUUGCAGGGGCACAGAGUGAGAGCAUGCUGUUUUCACGCUAGGCCAUGUGAUCGAGGAUUCCUCACAAGAGGAGGCGCCAGUAUACCUAAAAGAAAAGCUUCAAUAUUGUCAUGCUUGCAGUAAUGUUAGUACACUAUGCUAUCUGUAUCAUAGCAUUAAAGGUCCAAUAACAUUUUCAUCUAAAAAUACCUAAACAUAUGCUACACAAUAUUUAUAGAGUUUACAAGUCUGUGACUUGUAGCAACAACAUUAGAUUUUGUUGACACAGUCAAAUUAUGUGAAACUCCAGAACCAAAACAUUUAAAAAUGUUAUAAGAGUACAGUGGGCUAUACCUGUAUAAUUUCAGCAUAUCACUUAGGUUGAAAACAUGUUUACUGAACGUGUAUUUUAUGUUAUUGAUGUAAUAUUUUGCUCUGUUCUUUUGUUUCUAAUCUAGACACCUUUUAUUGUACGUUUGCAUGGUCCUCAUGCAAGUUACUGUAUGUGCUGUAAUGAGAUGGCAACCUAAAGUGCUAAUGGACCGUCUCCUCUCUCAUUAUAAACAUGGAUGCUGAUCCAUUCUGUAAAGACGUGGCUUCUUUGAGGAGAUAUUGGCAUAAUGUAUGCUAACUUAAUUAUGUGGCUUUUAUGUUUCGUUCUAUUGCCAAUUUGCCUUUCAAACAUCCCAUAGCCUGCACUAAUUACCAAUUGCACACGCACCCCAACUGCACCCCAAUUGUCUUGAUAAUUAUGUUGGUGUUAUCAUUGUAUGUUUUGUUUCACUCUGGCAGUCCGACUCAGGCGCAAAUGAUUUUAACUAAUGAAGGAGAACCUUUUAACCCGUAAAGUUGGCUGCCAAACGCCAUUUAAACCACACAGAAGAAGAAUAAGAAGAGAAGUGCUGCACUUACAGGAUUGUUUGAUAAAAUGGAUGACGAAAUGGCUGAUGACUGUGGGAUGUUUUGGGAGCAUGGAGAGCCGGAGAUAGCCAGACUAGUACAUUGAGCUAAGGAACAGAAGGUGGUUAUUGGAGAAAGGCCAUCAGUGCUUGUUCAGCACAGAUAGACAUGGUUAUGGACAGCGAAGGAGAAGAGCCGAGUGCAGUGGGAAGAUGUGUGUUGAGGAAGAAUGGCACAAAGGACAAACUGUAGUCUGAUUUCUCUUAUGGCUAAGAAAUUGAACCUGACGAGAGUGAGUAUGAAUUACCUGUGGUGGCAUGUGUGUUGAAGACCUCCGAGCCUCACCCUGAAGGUCAUGCAAAGGAUGAUUCAGGCCCAGUGGGAGUGGAAUAUUUGUAGAAAGUGGAUCCCGGCCUUUUAGCUGAUCCAUAUGUAGUCUCAGGCUGGGUAGAAAAUAAGUUGGUACUGUUAAAUCGGUGAAGGUAGGUUUCCCUCACCUUAGAGGGAGCGGUCACUUCACGUCACGUGCCUAGGGACAAGACCUGUGACUUGCUUUGCUCUCCAGAGCAAGGUGCCUUUGAAAGGAGUGAUUACUGGGGUGGCUUUGAGGUGGAGCACCCGCCAUUUGGUGCGACGCAGAUCCGGUGGCGAGCGUGGUAAAACUGAGAAGACAUUGUCUGUCCUUUUGAAGCAGAUUCUUUACCUGGUAAAGUCAUGUUGGGAUGUGUUAGUUAUCCCGUGAGAGCUUUUGUGCUGAACCCACUAAGGUGUUUCAGAUGCAAAGACUAUUUGUUUUUAUUAAGGAUCCCCAUUAGCUGCUGCCAAUCCAGCGUUACUCCAAGCAAUUUAGUCACCUGAACUUGCUAAAUUUAAAUGUAAUUUAUUACAAUAUUUAGUUGAGGUUUAGGGUUUAGUGAAUGAUUUGUCCCAAAUACAAUGCUUUCAGUUUUUGAAAUAUG